CUGAUUGCAGCAGAGACUCGAUAUUACGGUUAUUAUUUUUAUUUUUUUUAUUUGUUUAAUAUUUAGCCGAAAUGUUGUGAGGGUAGGCUAUACCGCAAGUGAUUCCUCUUCCUCUUGCAUUGAUCUGCGCAAAUACUUCUCGCUAAUGUUAUUAUGCCUUUAUUUUUUUAUCUUAGAUUGUGAUUGCACUGCUACUGCUAGUAUCAUUAGAUUCCCUUAGUAGCUCGGCAGAAAUAAGCCCCCUUUGCUGAAAUACAAGGUAAUAAUUAACAUCAACAGGAAAUCCUUAUCGAAACAGUUCAUCACCUAUGCCUCGGCAAGGAUCUGCAUCGUGACCGGGUUUGAGUUAAUUAGUUUUUUAUAUAAAGAUUUUGGAACAUAUUUUCUGCUGCUGUCAUCAUAGGCUGCCUGGUGCACCGGCGCCUCGGAAUCUCGGCAUCUUUUCCUUCCAAAGCCUUUCUCCGACAGCUCGUAUGCACUUCGUUGUAGCAUCGCAAUAGGGAGGAUCCACACAGAGAGCUUGCUGGGCUACACACACACACAAAAAAACUACACGCAGAGGAUGGUUUGGAUGUAAGACGUAAAUGAACAGCAAGAUGGGGAAAGAUCAGGAAUUGCUACAAGCAGUGAAGACUGAAGACCUCAUUACGGUGCAGAAGCUUUUGCAGAGGCCCAAGCCGGGGAAAGCAAAGCUGCUGGGUUCUGCCAAAAAGGUGAACGUCAACUUCCAGGACACAGAUGGGUUUUCUGCACUGCACCAUGCUGCACUCAACGGGAACUUGGAGCUCAUCUCUCUGCUGCUGGAGUCCCAGGCUACUGUGGAUAUCAGGGACCAGAAAGGGAUGCGGCCGCUCCACUACGCCGCCUGGCAGGGCAAGGCGGAGCCCAUGAAGAUGCUGCUAAAGUCCGGCUCCUCGGUGAACGGGCAGUCGGACGAGGGCCAGAUUCCCCUGCACCUGGCGGCACAGCACGGGCACUACGACGUGUCUGAGAUGCUGCUGCAGCACCAGUCCAACCCCUGCAUCGUGGACAUCGCCGGGAAAACCCCUUUAGAUCUGGCCUGUGAGUUCGGCAGAGUCGGGGUGGUCCAGCUGUUGCUCAACAGUAACAUGUGUGCGGCCCUGCUGGAGCCCAAGCCAGGCGACUCUACAGACCCCAACGGCACCAGCCCCCUGCACCUCGCUGCUAAGAACGGCCACAUCGACAUCAUCAGGUUGCUCAUUCAGGCUGGCAUCGACAUCAACCGACAGACUAAAUCAGGCACUGCUCUCCACGAGGCAGCGCUGUGUGGCAAGACUGAGGUGGUUCGCCUGCUGCUGGACAGUGGCAUCAACGCUGCAGUGAGGAACACGUACAGCCAGACCGCGCUGGACAUCGUCCACCAGUUCACCGCCACUCAGGCCAGCAGGGAAAUCAAGCAGAUGCUCCGAGAUGCCUCCGCAGCCCUGCAGGUCAGGGCCCUGAAGGACUACUGCAACAACUACGACCUGACCAGCCUGAACAUCAAGGCAGGGGAUGUCAUCACGGUGCUGGAGCAACACGCCGAUGGCCGAUGGAAGGGCUGCAUCCAUGACAACCGCACAGGAAACGACAGAGUGGGAUACUUCCCCUCCAGUAUGGUGGAAGUGAUCAGCAAGAGGGCAGGUUCCCGCGGCUCUGAGUCCAGUCCCCAUGGCUCCCCUACCCUGACCAGUGGCCCCCAGGGCGGCGCCAGCGAGGAGAUUUGGGUGCUGCGCAAGCCCAUAGCAGGUGGCGACCGUGGCAGCGUGGGCAGCUCGGGAAGUUUGGGCAGCGCACGGUCCUCGGGGAGCGGGCAGAGCGCGGGCAGCAGCGCGCACGCCCUUCAUGCCCAGGCGGAGGGAGUCAAGCUUUUGGCCACUGUGUUGUCCCAGUCUGCGAAAGCCAAGGAGCACCUGCUGGAGCAGUCUAAGUCUGUGGAGCAGUCUACAGGGUCCUCCUCUCGUACCCCGAGCUCGUCGAGCUGCCCGUUCCACGAGCAGCCGUACGGGGAGGCGGCACCACAGAGGAAGGGGGAGGUGCCCUCCGAAGGCAAGAGCUCAGAGGCUGUUAUCCAAUGGCUGAGUGAGUUUCAGCUUCAAGUCUACGCUCCAAACUUCAUCAGCGCGGGCUAUGACAUUCUCACCAUUAGCCAAAUGACCCCUGAGGAUCUAACUGCCAUCGGAGUGACCAAGCCAGGCCACCGCAAGAAGAUGGCCUCUGAGAUCAACAAGCUGAGCUUCACAGAGAGCCUCCCAGACCACAAACCUGCUGACCUUGCAGAGUGGCUGUCCUUGAUUGGUCUGGGCCAGUACUACCAGGUUCUGGUCCACAACGGCUAUGAGAACAUCGACUUCAUUACCGACAUCACCUGGGACGACCUGCAAGAAAUUGGCAUCACUAAGCUGGGCCACCAGAAGAAGCUAAUGAUGGCAGUGAAGAAGCUGGCGGAGUUGCAGAAGGCAUCGGAGGGACGAGGCGUGCAGCGUAAGAAGGCAUCCCAGUCCUCGGAGGUGGCAGAGAGCCCGCCGCUGGACGGGGCGGAGUGUAUGUCCCCCAAGAUGAGCACCUUCCAGGACAGCGAGCUGAGCGGCGAGCUGCAGGCAGCCCUGUCCCGGGCCCCCGACACCCAGGAAGGGUCGGAGGUCAAGCAGGGCAGCGAUCACAUGACCCAGCGGGCCCGCAGCCUGCAGGAGAACAGCCUGGGUAAGAGCAGGGAGUCCGAGGAGGGGGGUGGACCGCCCAGGAAGGAGGCGCGGGUGGCACGGCAGAGCAGCCAGGGGCUUCAGAGGGCCAACGCCCCCCCAGCGCUGAGCAAACCACGCCAGUCCUUCCCCCCAGGUGGAGGGCCCUCCUACACCCCCCCGCAGACCCCCACCAAGACCAAACCCUCCUCCCCACAGACAACAGCGCCCCCACAGGCCAGCAGCAAGAUCAAGCCCACCGCUCAGCAGCACUUGUCCCAGACCGAGCGACCCCCUUCUACCCGCUCGAUCCCUCAAUCCCCCACGCACAGAGGCCACGCCCACGCGACCCCACAGCCCGUAGAGGCCGGAGAGGGUCCGCCCGCACCGGGGCCCCCUGUCUCCGUACCCCUGCUCUGCCUGCCCCCAGAGGGGGACGAAGCCCCGGGCGAGCCGGGCACGCCCAAGAAGCGCGCCCACAGCCUGGUGCGCUAUGCCGCCUCGGACAGCGAGCAGGACCGCGACGACCUGCCGGUGCCUGACGCGGGGAAGUACGCCACGGCGCAGAACCGGGUGGGCCGCAGCAACUCGGUCCGGGGCCAGACGGACAAGGGCACGAGCCGCGCCCAGGCCAUCGCCCUGCGGCAGAGGAAGAAGGGCCCGCCCCCGCCGCCGCCCAAGCGCUCCAGCUCCGCCAUCUCCAGCACCAACCUCGCCGACGAGCCCAAGGAGGAGGCCGGCGGCGGGGCGCUACUCGAUGUCCCCUACCACCAGCAGCGGCGCGCCAGCGACCUUGGUGGCGCGGUGGACACAGGCAGCGCGGGCAGCGUGCGGAGCAUCGCCGCCAUGUUGGAGAUGUCCUCCAUAGGGGGCGGAGCCAAGGCCCUGGCCAUGCAGAAGCCUCUCGUAGGUGGCGGCCACCACUACCUGCAGGUCAGUCCCGAUCGUGCUCGUGUGGCCGUUCACCACGGCGGGAAGCACCGCGAAGGCAUCGGGCUGGACGGCGAGGUGGUGAACCGGCGCCGGACCAUCAGCGGACCGGUGACGGAGCUGGUGGCGGCCGCACGGAGGGAGCGGGGGCCACAGGAGCCCGAGUCGCCCCGGAGCAGGGCCCCGCCUGACAGCUCUGCCGAGAACCUGCCCUUCGCCGAGGAUGGAAACCUCACCAUCAAGCAGCGGCCCAGGCAGGGCAAGGGCGAGGGCGAGCUGGAGGGCGACGGCCUUCCGGACGGCCUCUACUCCCUGCCCCAGGAGGAGCUGUCCCGUAUGGAUGCCACCGCCACCCUCAAGAGGAGGCCUCGCCCCAAGCACCAGCAGGACGGGGUCAAGUUCCAGCUGACCGAGUCCAGCACCGUCAAGCGCCGGCCCAAGAGCAAGGACAAGGACUCGGAGGAGCAGGACGGCCAGCUGCUGGUGCCCUACCAGAACGGCACCGGCACCAUCAAGCGGCGGCCCACGUCCGACGCGGGCGGGAUGGAGCAGACCCCACCGCAGGACAAUGGGGAGAGCGCCCCCCGCAGAGACAGUGCCGACAUGGGGUCCCUGAGCGCCGAGGGCACGCCCCGAAAGCCGGUGAAGCCCCCCGUGUCCCCCAAACCUGUCCUGGCGCAGCAUAUGAGGAAACCAGGCCCUCCACCACCCUCAGCCAAGAGAGUCCCCAUCCCCGGGCCCGGGGGCGGUGACAGCCCAGGCACAGAGAUGAAGCGCGCUCCUCCAGCCGUGUCACCCAAGCCCACCCCGCCUCCCACCGCGCCCAAGCCGGCCAAAGUCCAGAACGUUUUGCAGCCUGUUGCCGUGGCUCCCAGCCCCUCCCCCUCCCCCUCCCCGGCCAAGCAGUCCGGCGGCCGAGCUCCCGGCACGCCCCCCUCUCUGUCCCCCAGCCCCGCCAAACCGCCCAGUCCCCCGGCACAGAGCCCCCAGACCCCCCAGACCCCCCAGACCCCCCAGACGCCCCAGACGCCGGGCCCCAGCACCCCCAGCCCGACCCCCCCGCCGGUCAAGCCGCCACGCUCCUCCAUCAGCGGGGCCUCCAUGGACAGCGCGGGCCCCGCAGAGGCAGUGCAGCAGAAGCUGGAGGAGACCAGCGCCUCCCUGGCAGCCGCGCUGCAGGCUGUGGAGGAGAAGAUCAAGCAGGAGGACAGUUCGGUGGUGGAAGACAAGAGCACAGUGAGCAUCCUAGACGACAUCGGCAGCAUGUUCGACGACCUGGCCGACCAGCUGGAGGCCAUGCUGGAGUGAAGAGCACAGCCUUCGGCACUGCGGGACAACCUCAGGGCUCGGCGAGGUCACUGGGGCACAGGGAACCCCCCCCGCAGAAACGCUCCUACUGCCCCCCUGACUCUCCCAGCCCCGCCCUACUCCAUCCUCC